AGCUCUAGAAAUUCUUCAGAUUUAUCCAUUGGAGGGUUUUUGUCGUGUGCAUGCUGCGUGUCCCCCUUUCUCUAACACACUUCUUCUUCGCCUUCUUCUUCUUCUCCUGCAGUAUUCUUUCUCUUCACCGCUGUCGUCUUUUGAUUAUUUCAUUGGGAGCUCUGUCCAGCAAGCCACCGAAAUGGGUCUCUUUAAUAUCCUGAUACAGUACAUUGCGCCGUGUUUCCUCAUCACCAGUCCGUUGACGAGCUAUGGCGAUCAAAUUCGGAAUAUCCACGUUACGCGCUCGUCGCGCGGGUUCUCGCUUGACACACCGUUGAUAAUGCUCCUCGCCUCGAUCCUGCGGUGUUUCUACUGGCUCGGGGCCGAAUUCGAGACGUCGCUUUUGCUACAGAGUAUCCUAAUGAUCUUUGUGCAACUAGCACUGCUCAAAGUGGCGCUGGACCACCGUCCAGCCGACAGCGCACACAACAGCCCAUUCGCCGGGGGUGCUGCUACAAAGCGUCCCUAUCGCUUCUGGCAGUGGCGCUCGCAGCGCCCCUACUGGGAGUUCCUGGGGUACUUUACGCUCACCACCACCGUGCUACAGCUGCUGUUUGGCCGCUCGAGCUUGUUUGUCGACGCCGUGGGGUACCUCGCGCUCGGCAUCGAGGCGACACUCCCAAUGCCCCAGGUCAUCGCGAAUCAUCGCAGCAGGAGCUGUCAGGGCUUUCGUGUAUCCGUUCUCGCCUCGUGGCUGCUCGGCGAUGUCAUGAAAAUGGUCUACUUCUAUAACGCUCAGCAUGUCGGUCUGCAGUUCAAGGUCUGCGCUGUCAUACAGAUGAUCAUGGACUCGUAUCUGGGCGUGCAGUUCUGGAGGUUUGGGAAUGGGCCGAAGGUGGAGGAGAAGGGGAAGGGGGUGGAGAUGGUGGGGUAGUAGGGAAAAGGAAGGGAAAGGGAGGGGGGCGUUUGCUUUUUUGGAUGGGGAUACACAAGGUGAUGAGGGGUUUUUUUUUUGGUUUUCGGGUUUAGACGGGGGACUUCAUGUAUAUUGACGAUCGAUGCACGCUUAAUGGUACUAGUAGAGUAGAUGGGAGAUGGUUUUUGGACAUCAUAAACCGCAGGAUCUACUCUAUUGUAGUAGUAGAUAUAGAGGCACAUAAUUCGUUGAAUCCAAUUGCCAUACAGCUGGAUCCCAUCACCGCCGUCCACUCUAUUCACCGAAAUGCCAACCAGCUAUCGGACCGCUCU